AUUAACUGNNNUCUCUUUAAAAUAAUAUAUAGAUAAAAAUAAAACACCGCGUUUUUUAAUUUUCCCCAGAGCUUUCAAGUUUCAAGUUCAAAGCUUUGAGUUAAGUGCAGCUCAACUUCUCUCUCUGUCUCUGUUCUCUCUCACACACAGGUAGCUCCUAAUUUCUGAAGAAGGAAUAUGCAGGCAAGUGAUAGGUUUAACAUCAAUUCCCAGCUUGAGCAUCUCCAAGCUAAAUAUGUUGGAACUGGGCAUGCCGAUUUGAACAGAUUUGAGUGGGCGGUGAAUAUUCAGCGUGAUAGCUAUGCUUCAUAUAUUGGGCACUACCCUUUGCUUGCAUACUUUGCUAUUGCUGAAAAUGAAUCCAUUGGAAGAGAACGCUACACCUUUAUGCAGAAAAUGCUUCUACCCUGUGGUCUCCCUCCGGAAAGAGAAGAAGAUUGAGAAUUUCCGUCUGGGGUACAAAGGGGAAAGGGCUAAUCACAAAGUUUGUAGCCUUUGAUAAUUCAUUGUACUGUUAUUCUGAUUGAAAACGUAUGGUUGUUGUUAGAGACUUAGAGGUUACUGAAUCAUCUUCCUCUUUCUUGUAGAUCCUUAAGAUUUAGUUAAAUGCAGCUUGGAAUAUUGGCUCUUGAAAGGUUGAGUUUAGCUUUUUUUUUUUUUUUGUUU